AUGGCGUCUCGAAUCUACGAUCAGAUCAUCUUGUUCGGCGACAGCCAAUUCGAACAUGGCGACUUGCUGGUGGGCUUGCUGCAGACCGCGUAUCAGCACAAGCUCGAGGGUGAGUGGAGGUGGGCAAGUGGGAAUGUGGCGGUCGAGAGACGCGAAAUCGCUCACUGAGCAGACAGAUCAAACCGCCUCCUGCAGUUGUGAAGCGAGGCUUUAGCGGUUACACCACUCGAGAAGGUUGGUGCGAUCAGUCUUCGUUGGUCGAUGGUUCAUCGAGUGGGACGCGGUUCGAAGCACUGAUGCGAGCAUCGUCUUCUUUCGAAACAGCACGAGCCAUUGUUCCUCACGUUUUCCAACGUAGCGAUCAGCGUGAAGUCGGCGGGAAAGCGGCCCUCGUCGUCGUUUGGUUCGGGACCAACGAUGCCAAAUUGAAAGGAACUUCGCAGCACGUGAGGCGACAGCAGAUAGCAGAUCUCGAGGCACGCACGCAGCCUGUAUGUUGGCUGACGCUGUCCGUCUGACCACAUUGGCCUCAGCGUCCAGUCAGCGAGUUCGAAGGCAACAUGAAAGCGAUGCUGCAAGAAAUCGAGGAGAGGUGUGGAGCUGGGGUGCCCAUUCUUGUGCUCACUCCAGCACCUUGCCUCGACAGUCUCUCCAUACCUAGCAAGCACAACACUACAGCAGCAUCGCAAGAGAUCAGUGGCGCUGGUGUGAAGCUCGUCGCCGGUCUGAGCAAGAGCAACGUCAAGCCGGUCGAGAUGAUGCGAAUGCUCGACGAUGCCAAGAAGCGCUUCAACGGCCUGCACGACUACAUUGUAGAGGAUGGCCUACACAUUCGACCUGAGGGAUACCACGUGAGUAGAGGGACGUGAUCGAGUCAUCACGGCACGCUAGCUGAAUCUGACCUCCUGCGCAUCCGGAUGCACCAGUGGAUUUUCCAAGUGAGCGUGACGUGGCUGGUCAGAUACUGGCACGAAAUGAAACAGAAAUGCUGACAAUCUGGAUUCAUCCUCCAUCCUCCAUCCUCCAAUAGACGCUGAUGGAAGCCAUCUCGACGCACUUCCCCUCCCUCAAGCCGUGGCACCUACCAAGGGUGAUGGCGGACUACACGCACAUUGUCGGAGAAGAGGUGCCUCUGCCUCGUCCAGUAGACACCUUGGCACCCCAGCGACUACCUGCUCAAGGAUACAAACCACGUUUCGCAGAGCACGAUCUCACCACGUUCGACGCUAGAGCCAGAGAGCUCCUCUCCGAUGGCAAAUGA